AUGGAGCUAGCUCGCCAGAGUGCUCUUCACGGAGCUGGUGGCGACCAACGUUACGUGAAGGUGAUUAUUUUCUCGCAAUUCACGGAGAUGAUUUGGCGUGUAAAGCUCGCGUUCCAGCAACAGAAGAUCCCGACGGCAGAUUUCAUCACCCUUAUCAAACCUAAAUUGCGGAUGAGAGCUUUGAGACGCUUUCGCGAAAAUCCUGCAGUAAACGUGCUGUUGCUGUCUGAAGAGGGGUCACACGGACUGGAUCUCUCUUUCGUGACGCAUGUCUUCCUGAUGGAAGAGAUCUGGGAUAAAUCACUUGAGACUCAAGUCAUUAGCCGCGCGCACCGAAUGGGAGCAGAGCAAGCAGUUGUGAUCGAGCGACUAUGGAUGCGAGGCAGCGUGGAGAGCGACAUGGCGAAGGUGAAUGAGUUAAGUGAGAACGAACCAGACCCACCUCGCGUAGUUCAUGAUCUUGGCCCACCUGCUCGCAAGUUUAAGCGGAAACAUACUGGAGGUGAUGAUACGUUACUGAAUGUAGCUGGCAAGAAGAAGCACAAGCACGACCGCAACGAUGAGGUGGCCAAGGUACCUGGAAACAAGAGCAAGUUCCUCCAACGCAAGCUGGACUACGUGCUAAACCACUUAAAGCUGCUCGAUGAGAGCAUUGCCGCGCCACCUCGACAAGUCCGGUUCUCUGUCAUCGAUGAAAAGACUGGCACUACAAUACGACAAGCGAUCCACACGAUUCUCAGCUCGGACGACCCCGCACUAACAACUUCAACGAAUUCCUCCAAGCCACAAGACAGAAGGACGGCACCACAGGCCAUACCCUCCGCUCGUCCGACGGAAAAUAGGGGAGCAAAUGGCGCAGUGGUAACAGCUAGUCAAAGAGGGGCAACGUCGAAUCAACACCAGUCACGCGCUUCUGUUGGCACGGCGCAGACUGCGAAGCCUGCGGCGGCGACUACAGUGGUAAGACCACAGGCAGCACGAGAAGCAGUACAUUCGUCCAGAAACUCUACGACACAAGCUGUGGAAUCAGCACAGGAGAUUAAAUCAGAGUCGGCACAGGUAGCGUGCCAACGAGCUGCAACAGCGACGACCCACCGCGAACGUAGACAGAAGCGACGACGAAGUGACCCCCAAGACAUUAUUGUGAUCGACGAUGAACCCGAGACGGUCGAACCUCGCCCUCCUGCUGCUAUUGCAGUGGCAAAGCAAGACAACUCGAAUGCAGAAGUGAUCAUGAUUGAUGAUUCUUCCUCUUCGGAGCCUGACCAAAGCAUCGAUAACGAUAAAGAAAGCCUCGGCGGCCGUGAUAGCGAUAGCGGCAGCGGCGGCGACAGCGAUGCCAGCAUGGCCAGCAGCAGCAACAGUUGCAGUGCCGACAACGAAGAUCAGUCUGGAAGUGAAGACAACGAUAGCAGCAGCGACGAGAGCGACGAGGAAGGCAACGAGUUAGUCUCUCAGCUGAUCACCGUUGCUCAAUGUCACUUUGCCCAGCACACCGUUGCUCAACGCCGCUUUGCUCGGCAUCGAGAAGCCUCGGACAAAAAGGCUGCUGCAGCUGCGACUUCGUCUACGCGAACACCUGCAUUGGACGAUGAAGAGACCGAAACGGAGUCGGAGUGA